AUGGCAUCCAACAAAACUGCUCCUGACACUGCUUCUUUCAACAUGGUGAACUUGGAUGUGGCUGUUGCAUGUCUUUUCUUCCUCUUGUUUCCUGUUGCGUUUCUGCUCAAUGGGGUCGCAACAUGGGUGUCCUUACACCUUCCGUGCACCUCUACCUUCAUCGUGUAUCUCAAAAACCUUGUGGCCGCAGACCUGCUCAUGACACUGAUGAUCCCGCCGAUGGCAGCUAGCAGGCUACCCGGAGCAACAGUGUGGCUGCAGACGUUCGACUGCCGCUUCGCUUCUGUCAUUUUCUACUGCUCUUUGUACACAAGCAUCACUUUAAUGGGUCUCAUCAGCCUUGAUCGCUUCUUCAAAAUUGUCCGCCCACGUGGAAAAGUGUUGGGACAAAGCGUUACCUUCAGUGUUGUUACAUCCACCACAGUUUGGAUAGUGUUAUUUGGCAGCACAGCUAUCCCAACAAUUAUUCUGACCGACCAGAGUCCUGAGAAUGUAACAAGCGCUUUCUGCAUAUCACUAAAGAGUCGGGCUGGUGUGACCGUUCACAGCUUUGUGGUUCUGUUCAUGGAGGUCCUUUUCUGGCUUGUUGCUGGACUGACCAUGUUUUGCUACAUCUGCAUCACCCUAAGAGUCCUGCAGUCCUACAGGAACUCUGGCAGCAACAACAAUGAAGGAAAGAAGAAGACCAAGCUGCGAGUGUUUUUGAUCCUGUUUGUGUUUUUGGUGUGUUUUGUGCCUUUACACAUUAUGCGUAUUCCCUUUACGCUUUAUGAAGUCUUUCAUCGCAUUGAUGACAUCCAACCAUGGAUGAUCAUAGGCCAGAAUUUGUGCUUGUGGCUCUCCUCUACUAAUGCCUGUCUGGACCCUCUUCUCUAUAUCUAUCUAUGCAGAGAGUUCAGAGAAAAACUGCUGGACAUGAAGAAAGCUGGCGCAAUCUGUCUUGGGUUGUAUUCAAGUGAAAAAGAGGAGAAUGAAGCUACAGUUUUAGACACAAAGUAG